GUUGUAAAUUAUAUACAUUUAAACCUUUGAGAAGCGCAAAGAUUAUUGUGAACUGGCAGAGCUUGUAGUUAUGUUCCUUGAAGAAGAUCAGACAGUUAGGUAUAAAAUUCACAAAACCGGAGCUAUUUCACACGCCAGGUUCAUGGCAAAGACAUUGUACUAUAUGAAGUUCAAUUUGCUUCUCCCUAAGAUCAGACAGGUUCUUUUUCUGAGUGAUGAAAUUGUCAAAGAGAUCAACAGAAUGGCUGACUACAUUUCUUUUUUCUGGGCAUCGUGGUUUUUGACCUGCGAGUUUUCUGAUUCUGCAGCUUUUGAAGAUCAACGAAACUAUUGGCAGAUGUGCCAUUACACUGCGUAUGAGCCUGCCGGAGAAGUGGUAUUAAAAUCAUGGCGAAACCAUAUGUGGUAUUUGGCUCCUUCAACCGUGGUGCUGGCGCUAGCAUGUUUAAUAAAGAUCACUACAUCGAAAUGGUAAAGAUGGCAAAAGUUCUUUAUUCAACCCAACGGAGUGGCAUUAAAAAUGUAGGAGCGGUUAGAACCAAAUCUAAAAUCCUUUCGGAUAGCAGUUUAUUGUUUAAUAUAGAUCAACCACCAGGUCUUGAAUCAUAUAUUUCGCCAGAUUCCUGGUUAAUUUUUGAUAUCCUAGGUCAUACUUCUGAAAAAUGUCUAUGGAUGAAACUUCCUCAGAUUUUUUGGAAAGAAUUUCCAGGAUACAAUGAGUUUCAAAGCUUCGUAAAAUCUGUCGAAGUUGUUAACGACUCAUCAGAACGUGCAGUAAAUCUCAUUCAAGAUAAUGUAGAGCGUGCGAAGAGCGAGGAAAAACUUCAGAACCUUCUCCAAAUGAAAAACUCUUGGAAAAAGCCAUUUAAAAAGACGAAGAAUGGAUACAUAUAUAAUAAAUAUAAUAGCAGCUACGGCAGUACUUAGAGUUCUUACUUUAAUAUCGGAGGUCCGAGGAUUGAUGCCGGUUUAGUCAUAUAAACGACGUUUACUAGUAAAAAAAUUUCCUGCGGUGCUCUGCAAUGAGC